AUGAUAUUCUCAGUUCUUCUGGAGGUACAACCAAAUAACAAAUUUAAAUGGGAUGCCUAUGCAAGUUUUGGUCCUCUAUGUAACAGUGGAAUGGUUUGCCCACAGCACCCAAACAAGGUGCUGCCCUCCUUGUACAUCCUGGGGCUUCUUCCUCCAUUCCUCUUCCUCCUGUCAUUUCAGCUUUCACCUCCAGCCUUCCUCUCCAACUUGGUUGUGAAGUGGCUUUUAGAUCCUCUCACGGCGUCUUGGACAGCCUGUAUUAGCUUCAGGUGCACCAGACCAGAAAAGUCUUUGCUGGCUUUUCAAGUCCUUAAACUCCAGUGUAUUCUUUCCAAAGUUUCUGAUGAGAGCACCAGCUCACAACGAAAAACACCUCCUGGUAUGGACUACAUAUCCCGGCUUUAUAAGUAUGGGCAACAGAAUUCCUUAAAAUUGAAGCUUGUGGAAAAGUUUUCUUACCAUGUUCAAAUUGAUGAAAGAGAAUUUGCUAAUGUGAUAAUGAAAAGAAAAAAAGAAGCAAAACGUGAAGCAGCCAAACUUGCAUAUGAAGAACUUACACGAGAAGGUAGUAGACAGUCUGCGAGUAGAACAAAGUGGGGUAUGCCGUCACUUCCAUCAGGGAGUGAAGACUACAUAUUUUGGCUUAAAGAGUACGGGAGAAAGAACAACAGAGUUGUCAGAUUUGUGAGAAGGUGGACUUCCCAGUACAUAACUAGUAACCAGGAAUUUGAUUAUGCUGUAGCUGAAAUAAAAAAAGAAGCAAAACACAAGGCAGCAAAGAUGGCAUACGAGGAACUCAUUAAAAACGGCCAUGCACAGUUUUCAGAAUCACAUAACGGGUCUUUCUCAUUUUCUACAUGCACAAGCUCUGAACAAGAAGCACAGAGUUCGAACUCUGGGGACAGUGAUGACUCCAUUGUGUUCAAGGACAGCAGUCCCCGGCCUGAAGCUUCUGCCGCCACUUCGCCUUCACUGGAUGGAACAGUGAGUGGAACUAUCAAUGGAGAAACCAGGGCUCCAGUUGUUCCAGAGCUUAAAGAUUUUGAUCAGAUUAGCCCCCUUGGUAAAGGAGGCUUUGGAUAUGUUUGGAAAGCAAGAAAGAUUUUGGAGGAUAAAUUUUAUGCAGUGAAGAGGGUAAAAUAUACAGACAAAGCUUCCCGUGAAGUUGCUGCAUUAGCAAAACUGGACCAUAAAAAUAUUGUUCAAUACGUUACAUACUGGGAACCUGGAAGCAGCACUUCUGACAGCAGUUCAAAUCCCAGCACUCGACAGAGAUAUCUGUUUAUUCAAAUGAAACUAUAUGAGAAAGGAACUUUGGAAACUUGGAUGAAGGACAAUAAGAGAAGCAAAAUUGAGGCUAUAUGCAUGUUUGCGCAGAUUGUUGAUGGGGUUGAUGAGAUUCAUUCCAAUAAUCUAAUUCACAGAGAUUUAAAGCCAAAUAAUAUAUUUAUAGGUGAUGAUGGCACAGCAAAAAUUGGAGAUUUUGGAUUAGCAUGUAUGACAAGUAGUGAUGAUGAUAACUUAUUAAUUGAACGCACAAAAAAUGCAGGAACAAACUCGUAUAUGAGUCCUGAGCAGCAGAAUAACCUACGGAACUAUGGGAAUGAAGUAGACAUUUUCUCACUUGGACUUAUUUUCUUUGAACUGCUUUGGCCAAUGUCAACAGACCUUGAAAAGUCUAAGAUUUGGCCAGAUGUAAGAGAAGGAAUCUUCCCUGAACCAUUUUGUAAGGAGCAUGGCCAAGAAUGUUUACUUAUUAGAGCGAUGCUUUCAGAAGAUCCAAAAAAACGACCAACAGCAAAACAUCUUUCCAAAGGCGAAAUGAUAGAAAACAAUUCUCACAUGUCAAAUACUGUAUAGGAGACAUCUGUGAAGACAUGGGAGAGACUGUAUAGCUUCACAUGUUGAAUUCUAAACAAAUGUAUAUCCUUCUGGGACUUAGUUACACAUUUGUGAGAAUUUAUAUUUUUAUAGACUCUUUACUGUCUUAAACAUUAACCAUCAUAGCAAACUCUUAUUCUUCAGACUUGAUCUUAGCAAGUGGAAUUGCAAAAGGCAUUUCUAAAUACUCCCAGUGUGAGCUCGCUUGUUUGCGAUUUAGUUCCUUUCCACAAUAUAUGAUCACAUUUAACGUGGGAAAUAUCAACUACAAACAUAUUAAUUUUUUUACUCGAUGAAGUAAUCAUGGGUCAUAAUACUGUUUUAACAGUUUCAGUUGUAUAAAUUGCAAAUGAAAAUCAGGCCUCCAGGACUUUUAUGACAAAUAUGCCUAAUCUAUAAUGUAAAUGAAAUUAUUUUUAAGUCAUGUUUGCACUUGUCACAAAUGAAUGUCUUCAACAAGAUCAAGUGUUCCGUUUUAAAAGCAAUUAUUGCAGGCACUUGCACUAAGGUACUGCUUAACCAUGUCGAUCGCCACUCACUUUUAGAUGCAUAACUAGCUUGAAGUUUCCUACUGUUGUGGUGUGAAAUGUUGUAUACAAGUUGAUAAAUAUUUUGUAUGUCUUUAUUUGUAAAUUAGGCAAAACAAUGUAAUAUUAGUACUGUAUUUCAUUAGCAAAAAGAAUUCAUGUUUACCCCCUAGGACUAAGUCAGGAUAGUGAAUUUUUUACGACAGGGUU